AUGAAGCCGCACAAAGUCGACCAAGGAAAAACUGAAGAUGGAUAUGUCUCUUUUGAUUCAGACAGUGAUGAGGAGAAUGGGAACAGGAGAAGUGAACGAAAGUUGAAGGGGAAAGGGGAAGGCAAAGCUCGAGAUGAAGGUCACUCCUGGUACCACUAUCGGCGUUGGAGAUUCUGUAAAGUUCUUCUCAUGGAUCGGUGUUUUGAUUGGAAGAUUGUGAAAAUUGGAAAUUUGGAAUUUCUUCAAGUCAGAAACUUGCACAAUCAAGUAACUUUCACGCCAUCCAAUUUCGGCUCAGCUCUUGAUUGGGCGGGAGCGGUAAACGCAGCCCAAUUGACCAAUGAGGCGAUGGAUUACACUGUGUCCAAUGACCAUGGUUCUUUUGCUCCUAUGAGGACGGAUAGCCAAAUCCUAGUCGGUAUUGACGGCGCUGCCUACAUGGCUGCUGUAGCAGAUGCAAUGGAAGCCGCUCGAUAUGAGAUUCUCAUUGCAGAUUGGUUUCUCUCGCCUGAAAUCUACCUCAAACGACCGUAUAUUAAUGAUUAUUGGCGAUUGGAUAAGCUACUUAAACGGAAAGCGGUGAUUCGUCAUCCUAGUCAUUUCAGAGAUCGCACAUUUAAUUGGUCACAUCAUGAGAAGUUGGUGGUGGUGGAUCAAUCGGUCGUCUUCAUGGGUGGCAUUGAUCUUUGUUUUGGGCGCUGGGAUCGACCUGAUCACCCGUAA